AGAACUCACAUGGUAGACACACGGUCUCCUCUUCUCUCUGUUCGCCUCUCUUCACUCGAGCACAAGCUCAUGACACGUUGAGGAACAUUGGGUUAGUUUGCUGUAGGCCAAAGUCAGUGCUCAGCAUCUGAUCUGGUGCCAUCAUGAGUGGAGGAGUGAAUGUGAAGAGUCUUCCACGAGCCCAGCCAGGCUCCGGCAUCCCUCUGCACAGGACCAGACUCCCCUCCCCGAAACCUGAGCCCAAGUGUACCAGCAGCAGCCUUCCGAGACCAUCCACACACAUCCCUGUUGGCAACAGAAGCCCCUGUAGUAGCAGCCCUACACCCGUCUCCUCCAAAGAUGUACUGAGGGACACCACCCUCAGAAACCAGCAUCUGCUUCUAAGAGGCAGUCCACCUAUUCAACGUUCUUCCACCAGUCCUCAAACACAGAUCCAGGACUCUAGAUCAGCCCAUAACAGUCCACAAGUUCGACGGAAAGUGUCCCCACUUUCAAGGGGUAAUCUGGAUGGGCCCAAGACUGAGAGUUUGCUUGACUUUCGGUCCAAUGGCAACAAGAACUUCCAGAGUGGGAUCUUUUGUUCUCAGACAGGACGAAUGGACAACGCUAACCGCUUGAUCUCAGAAGAACUCCAGUGCCACGAGGAGAGGGCUGCUUCUGGAAGCAGUCAAAGCAAGACGGGAAUCCCUUCGUUCAGAUUUAGUAACAAAAACUUGAGGCCUGGUCCAGCAGCUACUAAUGUAGAUACAGGUCUUCUCAGAGUCCAUAGAGAGAGAGUGACCCUGCAGAACAGUGCCUCCAGUAGCUUCUCAGAUGAGGAGAUGUGCACCCCAGAUGACCUCAGCCCGGAGGUCCCACAGAGAUCGCCACCUGAGGCUAUUGCAGUCGCUAAACAGGACGCCUCCAGUGUUGAAAUGCUCAAAGCCAAACAGACACCAAAGGUCAAUAUGGCGGCCGUUGCACCUUUCAGAUACAGGCUGCAGAUUCAGGAAGACGUAUCUCUGGAUGACUUCAGCGACUGUUCAUCUGACUCAAUAGAAGUCUGCUGUGAUGACCUUAAUACUGGAGGAAUGCUUGGGGGUAGCCCAAGAGGACAAGGAGUAGAUCUGGAGACUGAGGCUGACAAAACCUCCAAAGCCAAGACCCCUCAGGACCAGGCUGGUGCCAAAGGAGUUGGGGGCAUGGCUGCAAAAAGGGGCAAGUCAGGGCUCCCACAGGCUACUCCUCGGGCUGAGCUAAAGGUCUACAGAGCAGGAAACUCUGAGGGUCGUCUUCCAGUUCCUAGCAACCUGCGCAAGCAAAAGUCCUUGACCAAUCUUUGUGUGCUUACGGACGCUGAGAAGAAGAUGCACCUGUACCAGCCCAAGUGGUCAGAUGACAUGGAAAAGCCUGGGGCAGGUCAGAACAAGUCAGGCAAGCUCAAAGAUGCCGGAGGGGGUACUGGCAAGGGUAUACCUCUUUCCAAAAACCUUUCCAAGUCGGAACAUUCGCUGUUUCUAGGAAAGCCAAAACUUAGCCCACCUUCCAAGCUGGGGAAACCCAGUCGGAUACCUAAGGGUCCUUAUGCUGAGGUCAAACCCAUCAGCAAAGCUCAAGAGCUGGAAGAUGAUGGCAAGUCGGAUGAUGAGAUCUUGUCCAGCAAGGCUAAGGCUAAUGGUAAGAAGUCCGUGAGUGGUACCUCGGGAGCAGCCACCCCAGGAGGAGGUGGAGGGGGCAAAGAUGCACCUGAACCAGAGGAAGGGGACAAGACCUUCCUAAAGGUGGACCCUGAACUGGUUGUAACGGUGCUUGGAGACCUGGAGCAGCUUCUCUUCAGUCAGAUGUUGGAUCCCGAGUCCCAGAGGAAACGCACCGUUCAGAAUGUCCUCGACCUCCGGCAGAACCUGGAAGAUACCAUGUCCAGCUUACGGGGGUCGCAGCUCAGCCACAGCUGUAUUGAGAGCAGCAUGUGCUACGACAGUGACGAGACUAACGCCCGCAGUUUGUCCAACCGCUCCUCCCCUCUCUCCUGGCGCCAAGGCCAGUCCAGCCCUCGCCUGCAAGCUGGUGACGCCCCCUCCUCCGGGGUCACCACCCACUCCCUGCCCAUCCGAGCGUCGACGCAGAUCAGCCACCUGCAGCGCAUCCAGCUCAUCGAGGGCCUGGACGCCGCGGACGAUGACAUGGCUGACCUCAAGUCUGGUUACCUCAGCGACGGCAACCUGACGGGCAAGAGCCAACCAGAAGAUGAUGACGAUGAUGAUGACGUUGAUGUAGACGUCGAUGAUGAUGAUGAUGACCUAGCCAAUGGUUGGGAUGAAAGCAGCUCCAUCAGCAGCGGUUUGAGUGACGGUUCUGACAACCUCAGCUCAGAGGAGUUCAACGCAGGCUCCUCCCUCAACUCACUGCCAACUACUCCCAUUGGCUCCCGGCGAAACUCUGCCAUCGUGCUGCGCACUGAUGCUGAGAAACGUUCGCUGGUUGAAAGUGGCCUUUCCUGGUACAGCGAGGAGGGGAAGGCUCAAUUCCGGAACGAGGGAGGAUACGACACGGGCAGCCUUAAGGCCGAGUCAUCCAGCAAGUGGAAAAAGAGCAGAUCGCAGGAUGACACGGCAGUCAAGGGUGAACUGAGGAAACCCCAGACGCUUGGCCACCCACCCAGCGGACUGAAGAAGAGCCGUAACCCUCCAGUGGGCGUGACCUCACCCAUCACGCACACCUCACAGAGCAUGCUCAAAGUGCCAGGAGUUCCAAAGAACGAUCAGCGAGUUGUGGAUAAAGCCAAAAUGGCAGUGAAAACAUCUGGAUUACAGCGCUCUAGUUCGGAUGCAGGGAAAGAUCGUGGUGAGCACCGAAAACCUCCCUCCGGUCUUGUCCGUCCUUCUGCCGGCACGGCAAAUUCCUUCGGUUACAAGAAAACUGUUCCAACCACUGGCACUGCCACUGUGCUAACAACUGGUGGAAACGGAGACUCUGCAAUUGGGAACAAAACUCCUAAAACCUCUGGUAUCCCAGUGAAACCCUCUGCUGGUAGUGUAGGUGGAGGACGAAAGACCAGCCUCGAUGUGUCGAACUGUGAUCAAGGCUUCAUGGCUCCGAAUGCACGCAACAACAUCCAGUAUCGAAGUCUCCCAAGACCUGCUAAGUCUAGCACCUUGAGUCUGACGGGAGGACGGCCAGGCGCUCGCCCUGUCAGCAGCAACAUGGAUGCUGGUCUGCAGGGCCUAAAAACGGUCCCCACCCCAUCCAGACUGAAGGAACCAGGCAGUGUGAAGAGCUCCCAUCGGGCCAGUACAGGAGGGUGUGGUCCAGUCAACCAGACGGACCGUGAGAAGGAGAAGGCCAAAGCCAAGGCAGUGGCGUCUGACUCUGAGUGUGGCGGAGGGGGCUCGCUCAAGAACGGCACAGACACCAACACAAGUGCGCUAGAGCCUCCUUCCAAGCUACUGGGACUUCGGCAACCAUCCAGCCUGGGCAAAUAUUCAGAGCUACCCUCUCCCAACUCUCAGAGGCCCUCCAGUGCCAGAUCUCUGCCCAAACCUGCUCACCUAGACAAAGUCAACUCCAACAGCCUGGACUGUGGGAUAAUCAAUGUGGAGGACCAGCUUCCUCCCAAAGUGCCACCCUUCUCCAAAUUACAAGAUCUUUCAGGAAUUAGCAGCUCAAGUUGUCUGACCCCCAGCCCGGCUCCCAUUCUUAACGUCAACUCCUCCGAAUGUUUCUCCAGCGCCACCGUGGGCCGAGGGGGCAGUGCUGGUGGAUCUCCCUCACUCUACCCCCGUCUCUCUGGGCUGCAUCGUAGCAUGGAGUCCUUGUCUCUACAGAUGAGCGUGUCUCCAGCAGGUGGCGGUGUGACGGAGCCCAGGCCCAGACAUGAGGACAGAGGGACGCUUGGUGGCUGGUCAACAGGAAGCAGGGUCUCACUCACUCUCACAACAGACAGCUCACAAAGAGACAGAAAUACUCUCCCGAAGAAAGGCUUAAGCCAGCACAUCUCCUCGCAGGCUGAGGAGGACAACAAAGAGAGACGUCACUCUCACACCAUCAUGAGCUUGACGGAGACGAGCAGUCCGCCACAGUUCCCUUCACCCAUACUGACAGGAAAAAUGCCGCUGACGAGCAUCAUGACACCAAGUCCCACCUCAGGAACGCCAAGGAUGACCAGAUCCAACAGCAUUCCCACUCAAGAGGCCAGUUUUGAGCUGUAUCAGUCCUCACCGCUGGGCAGCACCCUAUCGCUUGCUGAGCGACCCAAGAGCAUGAUCCGAUCCGGCUCCUUCAGAGACAGAGAACCCGGCGAUGACGUUCAUGGCUCGGUGCUCUCACUGGUGUCUAAUGCCUCCUCCAGCUACUCCUCGGCUGAGGAGAGAAUUCAGGGCGAGCAAAUCCGUAAGCUGAGGAGGGAGCUGGAAUCUUCACAGGAGAAGGUGGCCAAUCUGACCUCACAGCUGUCUGCUAAUGCCAACCUGGUGGCAGCGUUUGAGCAGAGUCUGGCCCUCAUGACCUCUCGACUCCAGUCCCUCUCUGUCAGCGCUGAGCAGAAGGACACUGAGUUAUUGGACCUGAGAGAAACAAUCGAGAGCCUUAAAACCAAGAACAUGGAGGCACAGGCCGUCAUCCAAGUCGCCCUCAAUAAUCCUGAUGUUGCCCCCAAAGAGUUGCGAAUCAGGAGGCAGAACUCAUCCGAGAGCAUCUCUAGUCUGAACAGCAUUACCAGCCACUCCAGUGUGGGCAGCCUGAAAGACGAUGCCAAGAAGAAGAAGAAAAAGAGCUGGGUCUGUGAGUUGAGAAGCUCUUUUGGCAAAGCGUUCAGCAUUAAGAAGGGUGCUAAAGGCGGCUCGAUGUACUCUGAUAUUGAAGAGAUCGCCACUCCAGACUCUUCUGCCCCCAAUUCACCAAAACUGGCCCAUGAAGAUGGAGAGAACCCACCCCCUUCCCUCCAAUCCAGCCAAUCAGCCACCUCCUCUGUGAUAUUUGAAAGUAACGAGGAAAACGAGAGUGAUGAAAAGGUGGUUUCGGAGCUGCGGUCUGAGCUGUGGGAGAAAGAGAUGAAAUUGACGGAUAUCCGGCUUGAGGCGCUGAGCUCGGCCCACCAGCUGGAGCAGCUACGAGAGUCCAUGAACAACAUGCAGAUGAUGGUGGAGAACCUGAAGGCAGAGAACGACCAGCUGAAAACAGGAAGUGCUCCGUCUUCCCUUGUCCUCCCUUGCGGCCCACCUUCUACUUCCACUUCCCAGCCCUCUGGCCUCGCCAGCCUCCUGAACUCCAACCAAAGCAAACCAACCAUGAGCCUCACCAAGUCCUUCAGCCUCAGCCUCAAUGAGUGCUCCAACCCUGAUGUUGCUCCUAUGGAGUUACUGAGCCUGUCAUCUCAGAGGGACGGGGUCUUUACACGUGUGGUGGUCCGUAUAGCUGACCAGCAAGUGUCCAGAGAGCAGGUGAGGCAGCAGGAUUUCUACAUCGGCUCGGUGAGAAUUCAUGGGAAAACUGAGUGGUCGACGUUGGACACAGACAUCGCCACAGCUUUCAGGGACUACAUUUCCCAGGUGGAUCCCAGUGCGAGUAUGGGUCUGUCUGUCGACUCUAUCCACAGUUACGGUAUUAAUCAGAGCAGGAGAGUGCUUGGAGCUGAGGCCCCUGAAAGUUCGCCCUGUGACUGUUUAAAAAAGGGUCCUGGACUCGUCACUGUCACCCUCAAAGGUUUUAAGGAGAAGGGUGUGGAUAGUCUGGUGUUUGAGACACUCAUCCCCAAGCCCAUGAUGCAGCACUACAUAAGUCUGCUUCUGAAGCACCGGCGGCUGGUCCUGUCAGGCCCCAGUGGCACCGGGAAGACCUAUCUCACAACCCGUCUGGCUGAGUACCUGCUGGAGAGGAGCGGCCGUGACCCUGGCCCCGGCCUUAUCACCACCUUCAACAUGCACCAACAGACCUGCAAGGACCUCCAGUUGUACCUAUCUAAUCUGGCCAAUCAGAUUGACCGUGAUUGUGGCGCUGAGGACAUUCCACUGGUCAUUAUCUUGGAUGAUAUCAGUGAUGCGUCCUCUAUCACUGAUCUGGUCAACAGUGCGCUGACAUGCAAAUAUCACAAAUGUCCGUAUGUCAUUGGAACCACCAAUCAAUCUGUUAAGAUGUCAUCAAAUCAUGGCCUGCAUCUCAGCUUUAGAAUGGUCACCUUCUCCAACAACGUGGAGCCUGCAAAUGGGUUCCUAGUGCGUUACUUGCACAGGAAGUUGGUUGAGACGGAAGAUGAAAGCACAGUUCACAACGCUGAGGUGCUGAGGGUUCUGGACUGGGUGCCUAAACUCUGGUACCAUCUCCAUACCUUCCUGGAGAAACACAGCACCUCAGACUUCCUCAUAGGUCCCUGCUUCUUCCUGUCUUGUCCAGUAUCUUUAGCAGAGUUUCGCUCCUGGUUUAUUGACCUCUGGAACCAGUCCAUUAUUCCUUAUCUUCAGGAGGGAGCUAAGGAUGGUGUGAAGGUCCACGGUCAGAAAGCAGCAUGGGAGGAUCCAGUGGAGUGGGUGAGGGAUACGCUGCCCUGGCCUUCAGCUCAACAGGACCAGGCCAAACUCUUUCAUCUCCCUCCGCCAACCACUGGCCCCAACACUGCUCCAACACUCCAGCAGCCCAGUGAUGAUAGGUCCAACAAGGACACGUCCCUUCCCACCAUGGAAUCUGAUCCACUGAUGGCAAUGCUGCUGAAACUCCAGGAGUCGGCCAACUACAUUGAAUCUCCGGAACGGGACAUUUCAGGCAAUCCCACUUUCUAGGUUGAGCUAAAGUACUUGAGAGCUCCCUAAUGGCUAGUGCUGUUUCAAAACACUGUUCUGUACAGCUGAUUUGCACCUCCUGUCUCCUUCAAAAGGUUUAUGAGAGUCAAGGAACUCUCAAGAACACCCAAGUCAAGGCAGACAAAACUCUCAGUCUGAAAGAAGAACAGAAGAACUGUUCCUGCCAGAUCUAAGCGAGAAUCGUUUUUUGCACUGUUGUCUUAACCAGUCCUUCCUUUGCUUAUCUAACCUGCAAGUUGCAUGGCAAAACUUGCAACUGAGGAUUGUGAAGAUUGGAUGAUUGUGAAGAUGAGAUGUUCUUGUCUACUAUACUGGGAACAAAAUGUGCUUCAUAUUUGUUCAAUUUACUUUUGUUGUAGGUGAUAUCUGUCCAUAUGGACCAAAAAUCUAUUUAUUCUUAUUUGCAAGAGUACCGACACUCCAUCCUCAAGAUCCAGUCACCUGAAUCCUGUACACAAAGGUGCGGUUACAUUUAGACCAACUUGUGUGGAUGCAAAAUCUAAUGUACAAGAUGGUGCUUAGAAUUCAGCCUUAAAUGAUGUCCCUCCAUAUAUCAUAAAGUCAGUUUCAUAGCAAUUUGAAAAUAACUCUAUAUUACCUCAGUUUGCAUAGUGAUGCAGUUUUAAGGUGCAGUACAUACCCAUAACCAGGUUGCAUUUAUUCCUAUCAAACAUGCAGACAUGAAGCAGACAGAUGUAGACUGUAGAUCUCUGAGAGGAUGCACUUUGAUUUGUAGCUUUUAAGCAAGAGCACUGACUGACUGUUCAAACUCGAGGGUCGUUCACUCUAAUGGUGGUUUGCAGCGGCAAAGCAACCAGAAGUCAUUCUUUUCAAUGAGGUGGCAUGAGCGACAGACUGUUGCCGAUGGACAAAGUUGAGUUUAACUAUAUGCAAAUGUGA